CCUUGUGCGAUCGACUGAAGGGAGGUGCUCGACUGGGAACAGGGAGAGAGACACAAGCUCUGAGGGAGAGACACAAUAUAAGAGACAUGGGAGCCUGAUCAGAGCUGGAAUGGGGUGUUCUGUACUAUAGGUUGCUCUGCAGACCUGUUUCUGGAAGGAAACAGAGGGGCUGGACACAGAAGACGGACACAGGAAUUCCAUGUCACAAGGGCUCCUGUGGCAGAGCACAGUCUUGGCCGGACUGGUAUUCCAGCCUCUCCCUCUCAAGGUCAUGAGUAUGACAGACGUAGAGUAGGACCAGGGAGGGAAUAAAUACAAUUUUAUAAAGAGUGGUAAAUAAUAUAUUGGGGCACUUAAGCGGCUGGUGUUUUACUUCAGGUUUGGCCUGAUCCCCUCAUGAUGGGAUUCUCUCUGGAGCUUGCCUUUUUGCUUCUGGUGGUUUCUACUCUGGGAAAAAACCACUUGGUGUCUGGGGGUUGUUCAGGGAAAUGCUGCCGGAGCAGAGACUUGAGCUGUUUGACCACUGACUGGAGGAUGGACCGCGUGUAUGGGACAUGCUACUGCGACAAGGGCUGCGUCAGGACCAAGGACUGCUGCUUCGACUACUUCACAGAGUGCCCAGCUCGGGACUGUGCUGUGAGCGACUGGAGCUUUUGGAGCGGCUGCGCCAAGCCCUGCCAGCCCUCAGUGCGAGUCCGUGUCCGUCACAUAGAGCAGCAGCCCAGUAACAGCGGAGAGCCCUGUCCCAGCCUGGAGGAACGGGCCGGCUGCAUGGAGUACAGAGACCACCAGGGCGGCCACUGUGGCCUCAACUCCGGUCCUGCAUUCAUCACCAGCAUGGAGUUUGGCAAGGGAAGGCCCAAACAUGACAACUAUGGAAACCCCCUAGACUCUGGGUUCUGCAUGGAAUUCACACUGGAGUCCCGGACACCCCACUGUACAGUGGAGAACCGCCCGCACACACACUGGAUGCGCUACAUAACAGAAGGCUUUAAAGUGUGUGUGGCAUGUGAACCUCCUGCUAUGCAAAACAAGAGUGGCAGCUGCCAAGGAGACGGUCAGGAAUCAGACAAAGAUUCUGUGCUCCACUGGCAGGCGAUGGGGAACCAUCAGUGCAGCGGGACAUGGAAGAAGAUCCAGAAAACCCAGCAGUGCAACUGCCCACCACAACACAGCUUCGUCUUCAUCUGAUCCAAACAAAGCACCACAGAACAAUCUCUGAUCUGGUGUCCACAAUAACAUUUCACAGCCAAGCUCCCCUCAUCAGUGAAACUGAAAUACUGUGUUCAGAGCUGAUGCCUCAAUACUGCAGGCUUUCAAUACUAAGAGACUCAAGACUCGACAGUGGUGAAAUGCAGUUAUCUAAUAAAUAUGCUACACAUAAAA